AUGCCUCCUCCUCCGUGGCUGCAGCGCUGCGGCCUGAAGCUGCUGCCCGUGGCUGGCUUCUACAAAAUCUGCCGUGACGCCGAGCACCAAUAUGACACCGCGAACCAACUCGGCGAAUCCUUGGUCGCGAUGCUGCGCAACCCGCGCAACUGGCUGCGCGACUUGACCUAUCCUGAGCAUGCUGAGGGCCUUGCGGCGUCCUACCUCGAAGAGAACGGGAGCCGCUUCGCCCGCUUCGCCCUAGACUACGAGAGCGAGAGCUUCAACCUUCUUGAGAACCCCGCGCUGCUCGACGUCUUUGUCGACCAGAUGACGCAGAUCUUCACGCACAUUUUGAAGACCUACCGGGAUGCGCGCGACAUUGUGCACGCGGUCGACACGCGCUUCUUUCGCGCGCUGCACGCGGAGGCUGCGUACAUCCUCGACGACUACGAGCCAUUUUGGGUUAACGACGACGACGACGACGACGACGCUUCACUUCUCAACAACAUUGAACGUGACUAUGAAGGCCUCGGCGAGUUUGGUUCGGGUUCGCGUUUUCUGCUCGAGCAGAUUGCAAUGGGACGGUCGUUGGAAAGCAGGGUGUCUCGUUACCACGUCGUGACGCUCUGGCAGGGGAUGCUGGCGUACCAGCGCUGCAAAGAUCCCCUUCUGCGCUGGCUCGAGCGGGCCCAGCACCGGCUGGGCGCGUAUGAAGAGGGCGGCGUGGCGCGCCAGCGCGACCUUGAGUCAUACGAGGCAGACAAUAUGGACGAGGCCUGA